CAGGGAGUCCUGCAAAGGGCGCGCCGCGGAAAGAAGCCGGGUGAGGCUCCUCCCCUGUGGGCGGCGGGGCUUGGGCACCUCCCGCCCCCUCGCAGUGCAAGGCCGGGGCGCUACAGCAGGCUCCGAUCGCCCCCAUGGCCGCGCUGAGGACAGCCCUGUGCGUUUUGCGGAACGACCUGCGCUACCACGAUAACGAGGUUCUCCACUGGGCACACAGCAACGCAGACUUCGUCAUUCCACUAUACUGCUUUGAUGCCCGGCACUACGCGGAAACCCAUUACUAUCAGUUCCCCAAGACUGGCCCCUAUCGCCUCAAGUUUCUGCUGGAGAGUAUAGAAGAUCUCAGGGAGACGCUCAAGAAAAAGGGCAGUAAUCUGGUGGUGCGAAAAGGGAAGCCGGAAGAUGUCGUCUGCGAUCUUAUUUCCCAGCUCGGUUCCGUGGCUGCCGUGGUCUUCCACGAAGAGGCGACAAAGGAAGAGCUGGAUGUGGAGAAGGCACUGCUGCAGGUGUGCUCUGAGCAGGGGGUGGUGGCCCAGAAGUUCUGGGGGUCGACGCUCUAUCACAGGGACGACCUGCCCUUCAAGCACAUUUCCAGGUUGCCCGAUGUGUACACCCAGUUCCGGAAAGCCGUGGAGUCCCAGGUGAAGGUCCGGCCUCUUCUGCAAAUGGCCACUCAGCUGAAGCCGUUGCCUCCAGGGGUGGAAGAAGGGAACAUCCCCAAACUGGAAGAUUUUGGGAUGCAAGAUCCGUCAGUCGAUCCCCGCACUGCCUUCCCUUGCGGCGGAGGAGAGACACGGGCCUUAAUGAGGCUGCAGCAUUACUUCUGGGACACGAACCUAGUCGCUUCGUACAAGGAGACACGGAAUGGAUUGAUAGGAGUGGAUUAUUCGACCAAGUUUGCACCCUGGCUGGCUCUGGGCUGUAUCUCGCCCCGGUAUAUUUACGAGCAGAUCCGGAAAUACGAAAAAGAGAGGACAGCAAAUCAAAGUACCUAUUGGGUGCUUUUUGAACUGGUGUGGAGGGAUUACUUCCGGUUUGUGGCCCUGAAAUACGGCAGGAGGAUUUUCUUUGUGAGAGGGCUCCAGGAUAAAGAGGUUCCCUGGAAGAAGGACCCCAAACUGUUUGACUCUUGGAAAGAAGGAAAAACGGGGGUUCCCUUUGUCGAUGCCAACAUGCGUGAGCUGGCUGCCACAGGCUUCAUGUCGAACAGAGGGCGCCAGAACGUGGCCAGUUUCUUGACCAAGGAUUUGGGUUUAGACUGGAGGAUGGGAGCCGAAUGGUUUGAGUCCCUGCUGGUGGAUUAUGAUGUCUGCAGCAACUAUGGCAACUGGUUGUACAGCGCUGGAGUCGGCAACGACCCCAGGGAGAACCGGAAAUUCAACAUGAUUAAACAAGGCUUGGAUUACGACAGCAACGGAGACUACAUCCGACUGUGGAUUCCGGAAUUGCAGGGCAUAAAAGGAGGAGACGUACAUACCCCAUGGGCCCUGAGCACCGCUGCCCUUUCUCAGGCAGGUGUGAGCCUCGGGGCCACCUAUCCUCUGCCAGUCGUCAUGGCCCGGGAGUGGAGCAGGCACAUCAACCAGAAACCGAACAGCCAAGGUCCCGCUCUGAAGGGAAAGAAAGGUCCUUCAUACACCCCGAAGCAGCACAAAGAUAGAGGAGUGGAUUUUUAUUUUUCUCGGAACAAAGAUUUGUCCUGAGGAGAGUGGCUGUGGUUCCCUGGGGAAAUGGCCCAGAGGCG